CAGAGCUCAGACCACAACUUCCCCUCUUGUUGGUGAGGUAUAUGCAGUACUUAAGUCUUCACCAGAACGCUUAGAAGAAGGAAGAAAAAAAAAAAGAAGGGAGAAAAACACAAUUAGUUCUGCUUGCUGCUUGUUGAAAGAGGUCCAGUACUCUCUGUUGAGCCUGUGGUACCAUGGCUGUGUUGGACAGGACCCUGUUAAUUGUGGCUAUUCCUCUGUGGAUGUGUUUCGGGAGAGCUGCCGCUGCUUUUGCAGAACCUCAGAUCUGUUAUCUGCUGGAUGGAAUCCUGUUUUUGUACGGCAUCAUCCUGACCGCUCUCUACUGCAGAAUCAAGAUCAACAAUGCUAAGGAGGCUGACACUGGCAAAGGAAAUCCAAAGCCGAUUGCUGAGGAGGGCAUCUAUACGGGUUUGACCCCUCACGCCCAGGACACAUAUGACACCAUCGGCAUGAAGAAGUGAUGUGAUGAUGAGAUAAAGUCCAUCCUUUUUUUUGUUGUUGGGUUAUUAAAAUAUUAAAUACU